GGGAGCGGACCGAGCGAGCCCGGCGCGGAUCUAGGGCUGCGGGGCGUGCGCUGCGGGCUACGGGCGGCCCCGCCGGGAACUGCGCCGGGGCGGCGGGACCCUCCAUGGUGGCGCGGGCGCGGCGCGGGAGCGGCUGGGAGGCGGCGGCGAGGCCGCACUGAAGGCCCCCCCCCCCCCCGCCCGCCCGGCCCCGGGGUGUUAUUGUGAGGGGGAGACAAUGAGCAAACUCUCCUUCCGCGCCCGGGCGCUAGACGCCGCCAAACCGCUGCCCAUCUACCGCGGCAAGGACAUGCCCGACCUCAACGACUGCGUCUCCAUCAACCGGGCCGUGCCGCAGAUGCCCACGGGGAUGGAGAAGGAGGAAGAAUCGGAACAUCAUUUGCAACGGGCCAUCUCAGCACAGCAAGUUUUCAGAGAAAAGAAGGAGAGCAUGGUUAUCCCAGUCCCUGAAGCAGAGAGCAAUGUCAACUACUACAAUCGUUUGUACAAAGGAGAGUUCAAGCAACCAAAGCAGUUCAUUCACAUCCAACCCUUUAACCUGGACAAUGAACAGCCAGAUUAUGAUAUGGACUCUGAGGAUGAGACCCUACUGAACAGGCUGAACAGGAAGAUGGAAAUCAAGCCACUGCAGUUUGAAAUAAUGGUUGACAGACUCGAAAAAGCCAGUUCUAGUCAGCUUGUGACCCUUCAGGAAGCCAAACUGCUGCUCAAUGAGGACGAUUACCUGAUCAAGGCUGUCUAUGACUACUGGGUGAGGAAGCGCAAGAACUGCCGGGGGCCCUCCCUCAUCCCCCAGAUCAAGCAGGAGAAGAGGGAUGGCUCCACCAACAACGACCCCUACGUGGCCUUCCGCAGGAGAACUGAGAAGAUGCAGACCAGAAAGAACCGAAAGAACGAUGAAGCAUCUUAUGAGAAGAUGUUGAAAUUAAGGAGGGAGUUUAGCAGAGCCAUAACAAUUUUGGAGAUGAUUAAGAGGAGAGAGAAAACAAAACGGGAGCUGUUGCAUUUAACGUUGGAAGUUGUGGAGAAAAGGUACCAUUUGGGUGAUUAUGGAGGUGAAAUCCUCAAUGAAGUGAAGCUGAACAGACCCGAGAAAGAGAUGGGCACAACUCCUUCAUCUCUCCACAAUGGGAACCACCACAAAGUUCAAGAAUGUAAAGUUAAGCAUCCUCACCACUCCUCUCUGAAGGAGGAGGUGUCCGAUGUUGUCCGUCAGAAGAAGAAAUACCUGAAGAAGCCCAAGCUGGAGUGUGUGGUGACCCCUCAGCCCCUGGCUGAGCCCUUGCCUGUGCUCAGCAAGAGCGAUAUCAAACAGUAUGACUUCCACAGCUCUGAUGAGGAUGAGUUCCCACAGGUACCCUCACCAGUGUCAGAAGCAGAAGAAGAAAAUGAUCCUGAUGGACCUUGUGCUUUCAGGAGAAGAGCAGGAUGCCAGUAUUAUGCUCCUCGUUUGGACCAAACAAAUUCUUCGUAUGAAAGCCCAGAAUUGGCAGAAUUGGACAAACUGAGGUUCAGGCAUUGCCUUACAACCCUUACAAUCCCAAGGAGAUGUAUAGGAUUUGCAAGGAGGAGGAUUGGCAGGGGUGGAAGGGUUAUCAUGGACCGAAUAUCCACAGAACAUGAUCCUGUCUUGAGGCAGAUUGACCCGGAAAUGCUGAACAGUUUUUCAAGCUCUUCCCAGACUUUAGACUUUUCUUCUAAUUUUUCACGGACCAAUGCUUCCAAUAAACAUUGUGAAAACAGACUGUCCCUUCCUGAAAUCCUAAGCAAUAUCAGAUCAUGUCGACUGCAGUGUUUCCAGCCCAGGCUACUCAAUCUCCAGGACAGUGAUAGUGAAGAAUGUACCUCAAGGAAAGCAGGGCAGACUGUGAAUAAUAAAAGAGUCUCUGCAGCAUCUGUAGCUUUAUUGAACACCAGCAAGAAUGGCAUAUCAGUCACAGGGGGGAUCACAGAGGAGCAGUUCCAGACACACCAACAGCAGUUAGUGCAGAUGCAGAGGCAGCAGCUGGCCCAGCUGCAGCAGAAGCAGCAAUCUCAGCAUUCCUCCCAACAGACACAUCCAAAAGCACAGGGCUCCAGCACCUCUGACUGUAUGUCCAAAACCCUGGAUUCAGCCAGUGCCCAGUUUGCUGCCUCUGCAGUGGUCAGUGCCCCGGCCCCCGGGCGCAGCGAGGGAACCAAGGAGCAGAACACCAGCCACAACAAUAUCAACGGUGUUGUCCAGCCUUCAGGAACCUCCAGAACUUUGUACUCCACCAACAUGGCUUUAUCAUCCAGCCCAGGGAUCUCAACUGUACAGCUCGUAAGGACAGUUGGCCACAGCACCACAAACCACUUAAUCCCAGCCUUGUGCACGAGCAGCCCUCAGCCUCUCCCCAUGAACAAUUCCUGCCUGCCCAGCGCCGUGCACCUCAACAACGUCAGUGUUGUGUCUCCAGUCAAUGUUCAUAUCAAUACACGGACUUCAGCGCCCUCGCCAACAGCCUUAAAACUUGCCACAGUCGCUGCCAGCAUGGACAGAGUGCCAAAGGUAACUCCCAGCAGUGCCAUCAGCAGUAUAGCAAGAGAGAACCAUGAACCAGAGCGCCUGGGCUUGAACGGCAUCGCAGAGACCACAGUGGCCAUGGAAGUGACAUAACCUCCAAGCUGUGUCCCCAGCUGUGUCAUGGUGUGCUCCUUCCUCUUCCAGCUGAAUGCAAACACAGCGCUCUGUGGAUCACAGAGAACUCACACAGACCUGAAUGGACUCGGAUUAUAUCGUGUAUUAAGUCGAUAUAUAAUGUAAAUUUUGUAAAAUUGGGAAAAUCACUACCUUGUAAAAUAGUUUAUUUGUAUCAUCAAUAUUAUUUCUGUUACUUGAAUAGUAGAUAUUCAUCAUCAUGCUUUUGCACUUGAAUUUGCAACUGAAUGGAUUAAAAAAUAAUUCUUUAAUGGGAUCAUGAGCAUGACAUGAGAUCCUGCAUCACUUGUUUAAACUAUUUAUUUUGCCAUGUUUACAUUUUGUAUCUUGUACAAAUAAAUGCAACUUUGUGUCUAAAAAAAAAAAGUUAAAGAUUCAUAGCUAGGAAACAAAAUUCUUGUAAUUUUUUUCUAAAGGAAAUGUAAAGUUUUCACUUGGUUCAUUUUGUUUCACAAUUUGACUAGAUGGACUUUUUGGUAAAUACUUUAGUGGCAUUUCACUGUCAAAUAUGAAGUUCAAGGCAAAAUAGUAUUUUCUAUUACUGUGCAGGGGAAAGGGAUGGAUCGAUACAUGCAAAUUUAAUGUAGUAACUCACUUUUCCAUAUAUUUUGAAUGUAUAUUUCUAUUUAUAAUACCAGUUUAUAAAAAAUAAUUACACAGGAGAGGGGAAAAAAAAAAACUGUCUAGGAAAAUUAUGCAUCUGGCACAUCUCCAAAUGUGCAGAUCUGAGAAAAUUUUCACCUUGAUGCCAUUUUAUCCGAAGACUGCGUAUUUUAACCGGCUUUCAAGCUGUACCACACCACAUUAAAGGAUAUUUUACCAGGUAUGUAUUGCAUUCUAUAUCAUUGCAAUAAUUCAUUAUUGGAUGUCUAGCUAUCGAGCCAUCCCAGGGGGGUGGGAGGGUUGUGGCAAGAUUGUCUUUUCAAUUUUGGAGAGUUUUCCUGUGGCUACAAGGCAAGUAACGGGUUGGAAAAAGUCUGACUGUAAGCGUUGGACACCUUCGUAGUGUAGUGUUUUAGUGACUUUUUUUAUACGGUUCUUGUACAUUAGAUACGUGUAGUGGUGUUUCCGAAUGUUUGUUUAUGCACUAGUUCAGACAACUUUCCCUGUUACUUGUUCUUGAUAAGUGAAAACUGCAGGGAAAUAAAAAUACAUAUCAAAAGCUGGCCAUGGUGCAUAUGUGGUUAUUUCACAGUGUGCAAGCAGGGACAGCAGCGGUGCUGGAGGCUGCCCAGGGACUCUGAUCCUUUGAUCCCAGCAUAUGCACUUAUUUCCAGAAGGUUGCAGAUCAUGGGAUAAUUCUGUGCUGGGAUUUGAGACCUGGGAAGAUGGGGAAUGAGUUUCUUGCCCUGUCAAAGAAAUGGGGUGAAUUUCUGCUGUUUUGGAUGUUUCUGUGUUACAAAUCCCAGGAUCACUGAGGUUGGAAGGAACCUGGAGAUGUUGUUUAGUCCAGACCCACCCUCCCAGGAAAAUCUUGCCUUUGUCAUGCAGUCAGUGUAUUUUCCAUCUUGGCUUUCUACAUAAAGAACUAUUUUUAAUCCAAGCUGUGUUUAAACCUGUUUUGUCUUACGUUGUACGAAUUCAAAGUCCUGGCAGCUAAAAACACUUGCAGAGCUUUAAAUCCUGGGAGCUCCUCACAAACUCAGGUGUCUAAAAUUACCUGUUUUUUACUUAACUGAUGCUCUAUUUUUAUUCCAUCUGAUGUCUGCAGGGAGAGGUGAGGAUAGAUUAUUCCUGUUGGGAACAGAGGAACCCACGGCGCUGCCUUGGUCAGGUGAGGGGUGGUGGCAGCUUUUGGGGGGGCACCUGUGGCUUCACUGGGAUUGCUGCUCCCUGAAAAUUCCUCUUUAUUUGAUCUUUCCAGCCUUUCUUAGAGCUGGGCUCAUUGCAGGGAAUGGCUGAUAGUCUGAAGUAUAAAUGAAUUAUUUUUUUUUAAAAAAAAGAAUUGUUGAAAAUACAUUUUCUGUAAAAGAAAAAAAAAAUAUUCUCCUGGAUAUCUAGAAAUAACCUUGCUUCACUACCAUCCCCAAAACCCUUUGGAGGCUUAAUGAAAAUGGGAAGUAAUUUCCUCUGGAGAUUGAAAGCUGUACACUUAGCAUGGACUCUCCUCACCACAAAGAUCAUUUUCAGUGGAUCAUUUUCAGGGAAAAUUGGCCAGAAGAUGUCUCUGAAAUUGCUGUGUAUCUCUGAUUUCGUGUAGUCUAAUCCUCAUCUAAUUACUUAAAAAACCUUUAGCUGGAGCUUCGAACUUUUAAUGGAUUCUGGGAAAAUGUGAGGUGCAGAGGAGGAUUCUGUAAACUCCCAAGGCUUUGAUGGUAAGUGCCAGAUGUGGAAUGGCUUUCAUUUAAAGGAUUAGUGGUGAUGAAACCUUCUGUGAAGCAGAACUGGAGUAGUCAUUGCAGAAUUUGUGUGCCUCGAGUGCAGGAAAAAGGGGAGGAGUGGUGGGUGAUGCUGCAGGCCAUGGAAAUCUUCAUUCAAAAGGAAAAAAAAAGAGAAAAUGAGGGACUGGUGCUGUAAAAUUGUCCUUUGUCCAGCUGGGAAUGGCACUGACAGGUGGUUUUGUGCUGUUUAAACAUGGUGAGGAUAUGAUGUUUAAUUGGAAUUCCCGUAUUUGUGCAUCUCUGCAGCAGGAUUGGAAUAGGGAUUUCUGUUCUGUUUAUUGGGAAUAUCUUUCAGGUGAGAUUGUGGAAGUGAUUUAUGCUGGAUUUUACAUCAUGUGCAGAGUUUUGAAUGUCAGGAACUAGAAAAUGCCAGUUCUUUCUCUAAUAGGAAAGAUCUAUAAAUAUAUAUAUAUAAAUUAAUAAGAUUUAUGUUUAUGUGUGGAUUGACUGGAGUUUUGGAGUGUGUUUGUCAUCCCAGGAGGUUCCCUGGAUUUGCCUGCAGAGAAACAGUUUCAAAGCUCACUUCUAUGUUUUCUGCUACUUCCAGGGGUUUGCAACAUUCACAUUUAAACUGAGAGACCGAGAAUAACCUUGGUGAAUUAAAGCAAGCAAAGUGCUGCUUGGGAAAGAAGGAAGAUGAGGGAGAGGGAAUUUUUUCCUGAAUAAAUUGGGUGAGCUGUGAAGAUCCAAGUGAUUCCAUCUGAGCAGAGGAACAUGGAAAACAAUGAAUUAGUGCUGAUCCAAGGAGCAAAUGGUGUGGGAAAUGUUGGAUGUGUUCCUUGCAGGACCCCAGCAGCAGUGGGGGGAUGUGGAAAUCCCAACUCUGCUUGGGUUGUGCCGUGACAGGAGCCAAAAUGUCCUUCCCUGAUGCGAGAACUGAACAGAACAUUUGAUUCUCAAGUGCCUUUCAGGAGGAAAAGGGAGUUUCAGGAUCCAUUCCCUGUUUUCUCAGUGGCCUGUUUGUCUCUCUGUCACCUGUUGUAUCUCUAAAUGCCAUCUCUGUGUCCUUUACAUGGUUUUUAUUGGUUUAAUCUCAAAGAAUUAAUGAGCAC